UUCGAGCGGAGCGCACGUCCGUCGCCGCCGCUGAAAAACUUCGCAACUUUUCCCAAAUUUACUAUAGAUUAAAAAAUGAUAUAAUAUUUAAUUUUGUGUCGUUUUAUAAUCGAAUUUCUCCGGAAACAGUGUGUGAUAGUUAUAAAACAAUGACAGAAAAAACGUAACAACCCUAUUAGUGAUUGUGGUUACAGCUAAUAGUGGAUGUUUUUGGAGGUCGCUUUUUCUCCCUCUGAGGAGUUACCCCACUUUUAAGUUACCAGUAAAUCUUCAACGAUGGUCCGCGCAGUAUGGAGGUGAAGAAGAAUGAGAAGCCCGGCAGCCUGUCGCCAGUCAAGCCGGUGCUGAAGGCCGAGGACGGGAAGAACUCCCGCUCCAGCAGCAGGUCGGAGAAGGAGCUCAAACUACCGCCAGAAAAGUCGCCGAGUGACGACGGGUCCAGGAAAGAAAGGCGACUUUCGAAGGCUAGUGACAGUUCCAAGGAUACGUUUGAAAGACAAGACUCCAAAGCCGGUUCCCUCACAAGUCCAAAAGUCUCUCGCAAGUACUUCACGAACUGGAAACAGGCAUGUGAUAAGACAAAGGACAAAACCAAGGAGUUGCUAAAGAGGUGGAGGACACUGCCCGAGGCUGAAGCGGGAGAGGCGCAGAUGCAGGCAGGAAACAGCGACGAGGAGAAGAACCGUGGGUGGAGUGUGCAUGUUUGGACCACCUGGGUGAACCGGUGCAGCGAAGACCUGGAAUGCCUGGAUCUAGAAGACGAGCAGCCCCUGGCUCAGCUGAGCUCCGUACAGACAGACAAGCUCACGUUGUUCUUCACAGAGCUGCUGGACCAUGAUCGAGAUGACGUCAUCGGAGACCAAGACUUCGACAGUUUCUUCGAGAAACUGGCACACUUUGCAGACUGGUCGGCCAACUCGUCUGAAUACCACAUAUUACUUGAAGUGAAACAAGAAUUCAUAGAGUAUUUCAUCAACCCAUUGCCCGCCAAAUGGGGCGAGCUCCCGUACUACAAGCGAGUCUGUGGCGAUGAAGCCAGCGGCAUCAACAUGCCUGGCAGAACAACCUUGGAAGGCUGGCUGGCGCGGUGGGCUCUCCACCUCAGUGAAAUGAAGAGGUUCUCAGAUCUACCGCUUUAUUUGCAGUACCUGUGCAAGAUCCUGUUCCACGUUGUCGAUAGAGCAGGAGCUGGAGAAAUAACAAAGCCAGCGCUUGCGGCGUUCUACCGUUCUGUGAUCGGCCUUAGCGGGAGCAGAGUUGACGAAAUCAUCGACACGGCUUACGAUCGGAUGACUAGUAACGGAUACCUCAUCCUCGACUACGGCACAUACGUCCACUGCUUCACAAACUGGUUGAUGGGCAAAAACCCCAACGGCCCAGGGCAAUGGGUCCUAGUUCCGCCCAAAGAUUCUCUACCUCAGCCUCCUUUCCCCGUCGACUACAGCGCCCUCAACACAGAACCAGCAAAAUUAGAACCCUAUGCACCAGACAAAAAGACCAACAGACACUCAGUCAUAGUCUGAAGCACGAAAUGGCUUCAAAAAUUACGUGCAAUUAAAAGGAAGUCAAUUCAACGCUUUAGGAAAAUACGUAAAAA